GAUGAAUUACUGCCUCUCUCACGAUUUCUUUCCCAGAACAUCAUCUUGCGUCCGUAUUCUAGUGUCUACGGGGUAGGAAGUGUCCGCAGCCGCUGUUCCAACACAUUAUUAACCUCGACAAGAGGUCAACGCCAUUUCAUACCUUCCACCCUUCAACAACUUUCUCGAUCAGUGGCCUCACUACACUCACUGGGUCGUUAUAUAUCAGUCAGCCCGAAAUCACGAGGGUCACGUCGGAGCAAAUUGAAUAUUCCAAUACAGCUUAUAGCCCAGGUGGUGCUCAGAGUUCUGCAACACAACCGCGAUGAACUCGAUAUUUGGGCCGGCUAAAGCUUGGUUCGUGUCCUUGCCGACAUCCAGCCCGGCUUCCGAUCCAGAGCCAGCAGCAAGGAGUUCAAGCAACUCAACAUCCGGCCAUAGCCACGCCAAUGACGCGUCAUCAUCAUCCCCGAAGAGUACCAAGCCGGACGAUGAAAGUAGUUCAGAUGAUGACUGUUUUAAUGCGGCCAUCCAGGACCGCCUGCGGCAAAACCCUGUCCAAGAAAUCCCGAAAGAGGAAAAGGUAGAGGAUAAAGAGCCGUUUGGGGGAAGGUUUGAGAAUAUGCGCGCAGUUCAUGCAAAAGAAUCGAAGGGGACAGAAGACAGCGACCAUGCUACUAAGUCUCUCCAGCCAGCUUUUCCUAUAUCGUCGAUCAAACACGACAAGCCCACGUCUUCAAAUACACAGAGCAACAACUACAACGCCACAUCUAAGCCCAGCACCAAUGGCUCGAAUAAGGGGGAGGGUACUGAAAGUGAAGGCGCCAUCAAUCUCCCCGUAUCGCAAAGCGCCAGUUCCACAAACCGUAUCGGAACUCCUAUUGCACGUCACAGCAGAGAAACUCCAAGCAUCGUCGAGACUGGGUCUUCAAAGAGGCCUCUAGUCGUCCAAGAUAUUGAGGCCUUGAGCCGUAGUGGAAGCGUCGACAGCGCAAAGAGACGGAGGUUGAGCAUUGGACGGCAUCAGACGCCAUGUUUUGACCAAUUGUUCUCCAAAGAUCAGCGUCAGCGCUUCAAACGAGAGUCCGGUUCAUCUCAUUCCCGGACGAGAGCGCCCUCGAGACCUCUGAGUAAAAACUUGGUUUCUCGAAUGAGCCCUGGCAGCAAUCUAGAUAAGGCGAAGUCAAAGGAGAUUGUUAAAAGUAUCAGGGACACGCCGACUACAGCAGGCGCUAAGGCGACGGAGAAAAUCCAGCAAAUCAAAGAGAGGGCAAAGGAGGCUCAAACACCCAAACGAACGGAAGAGCAAGUGGUACGAGAAUUCACCAAAGCACCCAUUGAAAGCUUAUUCGGCGGUAAGCCUGCAAGCAAUCCAACAGGCACCAUUGUCGCUUCAAGCAGCCAACAAAACAAAGCUGCUAAAAGCAUUUUCGGUGACAAGACUGCCAGCAAUCCAACAAACACCAUCGUUCCUUCGAGGAGCCAACCGACCAAAGAUACACGAGGAACGCAAGGUGACAAAAACCAGACAUCAAGACAACCAGCAACCCAUCGAGCAGCUCAGGCAACACAGCCGUCUCUCCCAAUAAAGAAGCCCUCACAACCGGGUGAUGCUAUAACAUACGAAGAUCAUUUCAAGCAUAUCAAGGACAAGUACCCACAACCGAAACCUGCAACGAUCGUUAACAGACUCCCUGACAUUCAACAGUCAUCAAAAGAAAACGGCAGACCACUUCGGACCCCGACAGCCCGAAAGCGCAACAAGCCUACCGCGACGCUUGCAUCAUCAAGCAAGAAUCCACCAACACCACGAACGAACAUCAACGCCGGUCCAACAGUCCUUCCAUCGGUGCCAGCGCCCCCUCAUCACCUCCCAGCUGCUCCUUCAGCUCCAGAACCAGCCCCCGCUGCUGCCAUCCCUCCACCUCCACCCACGAAAGCCGUCCCCGCGCAAUCCCUCCUCUCCCCCACCGAUGUCAUCCUACAAUACGUAAUCUACCGGACCGACAAAUAUUGUCCUCUCACCGACCCCAACACACCACACUUCCGAACAAAACCUGUCUUCAUUUCCAAAAAGGAAGCAAACGAAACCUGCGGACGACGGGUGUUCGAAUGGAUCAAGACCAUUCCCAUUGAGGACUUUCGUAACUUGGACCGCCAAUUUAUGGGAAAUAACCUUUUCCAGGGCACGAUCACGUACGAGGAUGGCGAUGUUCAGCUUUAUUAUGUGCGUGAGGAGGCGAAGAUAUUGGGGGAGGUGGUGAAGAAGAGGGGGUUGUGGCUAGAUGAGGAGGGGAUGGGGAUUUAUACGAAGAAGAUGUGGGCUGUUUGGGCUGUUAGGUACUAUUCGAAUGGGGAGGAGGAGGAGCACCAGCAGCAGGGACAGGAGGGGAAACAUGAGGGGGCCUCAAGUGUGGGAGGGGGAGUGGGAAGUGGAAGGGUUGAGGUGGUGGAUGAGGGCAAUGAGGGGGAUGAUGAAGAUGAUGGUGAAGAGGAUGAAGACCUGUUGGGCGAUCGGACUGUCAAUGAGCAGCUCAAUGAAGGGGUUGUGGAGGUGGGAGAAGGUGUGGGACAGGAGAGCAGCGAGGGGUCUGGAGUUAUGGCAGGAGAGGGAGUCGACAAGACUGGAGAGAAGAUCAGCGACGAUCUGGAUAUCUCCGUUGUUCAGAUGAACCUGGAUUCACAAACCGAGGGCCAUCAAACGCAAACGGAACCCGAGAUUCACACUCAACAGGAAGUUACGAGCGAAACCCAGAGCAAAACCCAAACACAGUCGGAGAACCAAUCUCACGCUAGUCCCCAGACUCAAUUGGAAGGACAUCAUAGAGCAAACAUCCAAGGCCAUCCAGAACCUCACAAGACCGGUGUUGAGGGUCAUUCAGGACCUCAGCCAGAGCCAAAUCCACCAACCAACCUUUCCACCCCAGCACGAACAGAACAUAAUGUUUCCAACCCAACCCAGCCUCAAACCCAACCCACCAAACCACCACGCCCACCCACACCCCCCCUCCCCUGCUCUUUAUACUCCCCUCCUCCCCCCUCAACCAUCUACUCCUCCUCAUCAGAAUCUGACACAGAACACCCCUCCCGGUCCUCCCGCACCAGGGGCAGAAGCCUCCCCAACAACAUUCCCCCACCACCCCCUCCCCUCCCCUCGUCCAUUCUCCUCACCCCCAAAACCACCCACCACGGAACAUUCACCACCCUCCGCCUCGCCAACCUCGAGGUGCUUGAAGUUUUCAAGCAGCUGGCGAGGCCAGGGACAGCGAGGUAUAGCGAUGUUUAUCAUUGGAGGGAGGAGGUAUUGCCUGAGGCGGAGAGGGUUUUUAAGGAGAUGGGUUGUAAUGACGAUGACGGGGAUAAUGAUAGGGAGGGGAAAGAAGAGGGUGGUGGAAUAGAGAAGACACCAAUAAAACUGGAGUGGGUGCCUGAUGCGCAACUGUUCAAGUGGCGGUUCAGGAAGGUCGAGGUUUGGGUUGAGGAGUUGGAACUUAAGGGGCCGAAGGAUUUGGGGGGUUUGGAGGUUAAGAUGCCACAGGGAAAUUCAGGGAAUUCGGGAUCGUUUGGGCCAUCUGGGCUGUCUGGGUCGAAGACGGGAUCAGGCUCGGGGUCAGGCUCUGGUACAGGUACGGCUUCGUCUUCAAGCGCUACCGGUAAUGGAAACGUCCGGGCUGGAACGAGAACGGGAACAACGGUGAAAGUAACUACAACCAGUCCCAAAACCGCCCCAGACAAUACCCCCACUACCCAUGAGCAAUGGAAACACUACAAAAACGCCCAACCAGUAUUAGCAGCCAAGGCCAAGGCAAAGAAGCGUCGAAGGCCAACAAGGGAGGAGAAGGGAAAGGGAAAAGCUGUUGACGUUGACCCCGUCGUCACUAACAAGGGGACUGGAAACGGAGCAGAACAAGGGAUUGUGGAUGCGUGGGCGGCAGAGUUGGGAGGUAGCGAGGAUGGUGAUUUGAGUGAGGAAGAUUGAGCACGAGACGAGGCGGUGUUCUAUAUUGGGUGAAUAAGUGUAUGUUUGGUUUAUGGCGUUGGGG